UACAGCUGUGCAUGUGUUGCCACAUGCCGUGUGACACAUCAUUUCCUGCGUCAAAAAGCAGAUCAGGCCCUUUGCGCAAACCAGAGUAGGGUAUAGGUGAAGGGGGGUCAUGCUUUCACUUUCACUUUAAAACUCCAUUGAUUAACUCGAGAGGCUGCAUUCGGUUAAACGAUUAAAAAAGAAAGAAAGGAAGAGAAAGGCGCCCCAAGUAACAUCGCAGAAGAAAGACGACAGACACCCUCGAGCUCGUCGCCAUGGCGUUUAAGUACCCGGUAGCCCGAAGAGACGACAGUAAGGUGGAUGAUUACCAUGGAACUAAAAUCAGUGAUCCCUAUGCAUGGCUGGAAGACCCUGAUGGUGCAGAAACAAUGGCCUUUGUUGAAGAGCAGAAUAAACUCACUAUGCCAUACCUGGAGCAGUGCGCCAUCCGGGCACAGUACCAUCAGCGGCUGACUGAGGUCUAUAAUUAUCCCAAGUACAGUUGCCCUUACAAAAGGGGGAAGAGAUAUUUCUACUUUCACAACAAAGGGCUUCAGAACCAGGAUGUGCUGUAUAUGCAGGACUCUCUUGAUGCACCUGCAACUGUAUUCUUUGAUCCUAAUAAGCUUUCUGAAGAUGGAACUGUGGCACUGAAAAUGGGGCGACUGUCAGAAGAGUGUGAAUUUUUUGCUUAUGGUUUGAGUAGCAGUGGCUCAGACUGGGUAACGGUGCAUUUCAUGAAGGCCGAUGACCUCAGCCCACUGCCUGACGUUCUAGAAAGGGUUAAAUUCAGCUGCUUGGCCUGGACUCAUGAUGCAAAGGGCAUCUUUUAUAACUGUUACCCACGCCAGGAAGGAAAAACUGAUGGCACUGAGACCACUAGCAACAUGAAUCAGAAGCUCUACUACCAUGUUAUUGGCACCAACCAGUCAGAAGACAUUCUGGUAGCAGAGUUCCCUGACCAUCCCAAGUGGCACAGUGCAGUGACCAUAUCAGAUGACGGCAGAUAUGCUGUUUUGUCGAUCACUGAAGGCUGUGAGCCUGUCAACCAGCUGUGGUACUGCGACCUAAAGCAGCUCCCCGAUGGCAUAAAAGGUCUGCUGCCGUGGGUCAAACUUGUGGACAACUUUGAGGCUCAGUACUCUUAUGUUACCAAUGAGGGAACUGUGUUUACUUUCCGCUCCAACUUGGAUGCGCCUCGAUACUGUCUCAUCAACAUAGACAUCGAGAAACCAGACAGACAGCACUGGACUACCCUCAUACCACAGCAUGAUAAAGAUGUCCUGGGCUUUGUGUCUUGUGUGAACCAGCACCAUCUGUUGGUCAACUAUGUCCAUGAUGUGAAGGAUAUCCUGCAAGUAUACGAGUUGUCUACAGGCCGGCUUGUCAGAGACCUGCCACUGGAUGUGGGCACUGUGGCCGGAGUGAGCUGCAAGAAGAAACACUCUGAGUUCUUCUACAAGUUUACCUCCUUUACUACACCAGGUAUCAUUUACCACUGUGACCUGAGUGAGCCAAACCCAGAACCCAAAGUCUUCAGAGAGGUGGAGGUAAAGGGUAUCAAAAAUGAAGACAUUGAGACCAGACAGGUGUUCUAUCCAAGUAAAGAUGGAACCAAGAUCCCUAUGUUCUUAGUACAUGCUAAGGCCAUUCAGAAAGAUGAGAGUAAUCCUGUUUUACUUUAUGGAUAUGGAGGCUUUGAGAACUCCAUACAACCAUACUUUAAUGUUGCCUCUCUGCUCUUUGUGAAACACCUCGGAGGCGUGCUAGCAGUGGCUAACAUCAGAGGGGGUGGCGAGUAUGGCCUCACCUGGCACAAAGCUGGCAGUUUGGCGAACAAGCAGAACUGCUUUGAUGACUUCCAGUGUGCAGCACAGUACCUGAUCCAGGAGAAGUACACUAAAGCAAGCCUCAUUGCUAUCAAUGGAGCCUCUAAUGGAGGGCUGCUAGUGGCGGCAUGCAUGAUUCAACGUCCAGACCUGUUUGGCUGUGUUGUAGCUGAAGUGGGCGUUAUGGAUAUGCUGAAAUUCCACAAAUUCACCAUCGGCCACGCUUGGACAACUGAUUACGGCUGUUCUGACGAUCCGGAGCAGUUCAAGUGGCUCAUCAAGUAUUCUCCUCUCCAUAAUUUGCCGCACCUACCUUACUCAGGCCCUCCUUACCCUGCUGUCCUGCUUCUGACAGCAGAUCAUGACGACCGUGUGGUACCUUUGCACACACUGAAGUUCUGUGCUACCUUGCAGUAUGGGGUUGGCAGCAGCUCUGUGCAGCGUCAGCCUCUGAUGGUCAGGGUGGACACCCGUAGUGGGCACGGUGCAGGGAAACCUACUGCCAAGGCCAUCUUGGAGGACACGCACAUCAUGUCCUUUAUCGCCGAGACACUAGGCCUUAAAUGGAGGGAAUGAUGAGAACAUGACAGUAAAAGGGAAGUAAAACAUAUAUUCAGCAGUCGAGGCUUUUCUUAGGGAUGAAUCAUUUCUACUUUUAUACUUUGGUAUGCAUACUCUCGAAUAAAAAUAAGAAUGCAUCUGUUUAAACAAAGUCCUGCUACAACUAAAGCAAUGAAUUAGAGAAGUGUAAGAAAUAAAUUUUAGAAAUUAAGUCCACAGACUUUUUUAAACAUACACUGUAACUUUGUGAAUGACUUGAAUUGGAUGGAAGCAUUUUCAAUAAAACCUUUACUGCAUUAUAA